CUCCUCUUUGCCAGUUACGUCUGAAUCCACACAAGUUGUUGAGCUCUUCCCAGGGCCCUUUGGGGCCCAGGAAGACGAUGCAUCGUGGUGGGGAUAAGGACUUCCAGGUAUCAGCACGAAAGAUGGGCACAUCCUUGCUUUUCCAGCUGUCAGCUCAUGAAAGAGAGCUGGAUUUGGUAUUUCUGGACCAUAGCUAUGCCAAGCCAUGGAAUGCCCAUCCAGAUGCCAGCAGCGCCCGGCCCACAAGAACACUCUUUGUUACCCCUCGUCGCCAGCCUGAAGCCUUGUCAGACACUGAUUCUGUAAUAGAUGUGGAAACUGUCACACCGACACCCGUUCCUCUGUAUGAUAAUCAGAAAGCUCUUAGUGUGAUGAAGGAGUGUGAGCGGCACGUUCUGUUUGCUCGCACGGUUGCUGAGAGUCCUCCACCCCCGGAAGACUGGGAGGAACAUAUAAACAAGACUGGAUGGUCAGUGGCCCAGAACAAAUUGUUCAAUAAAGUACUUAAAGCUCUGCAAGCUGAGAGACUAGCCCGCCUGGCCAAUGAAAAUGCUUCCAAUGAGCCUAUUUUGCGAAGGAUAGCUGUGGACAAGUGUGCCAGGAAGGUGCGGCAUGCAUUAGCCAGUGUGAACUGGGACACCAAACUGACGCAGUGGUUGCACACUACCAUGAUUGAAUCCUUAAGCCUCGCCAUGCUUGCUGCUUACCUGGAUGUGCUGCAGACUCUCAAAAGCAAGUUGCCCUUGCUGAUUGACAGAAUGUUGCUGACAUCUGCAAAGACUGGCGCUCCAAGUGCAGAGGCCCUGUCACUGCUACUGAAACGGCCCUGGGACCCAGCUGUUGGAGUCUUAUCUCAAAACAAACCGAGCAAGCUUCCUGGAUCCCCACUCAUCCUAAUUGCACCAUCAAGCCCAACUAAUCCUGCCCUCGCUACCUCGCGGCGAAUGAGAUUCUGGCAGUCUCAGCUCUCUUGUUUGGGAAAGGUCAUCCCAGUGCACAGCCAUGUGAGCAGUGGAGCAAAUAUUGGCAUCACACAGUGCCUAGAGCACAUGUUGGGCACUGUCAGGGCCAAGGUAAUGGAGGUUCACAGUCACUUCCCGCACAAACCCAUUAUCCUGGUUGGCUGGAACGCUGGUGCUCUCAUCGCUUGUCACGUAUCCCUUAUGGAGUACCUGACCGCUGUGGUGUGUCUCGGCUUCCCCCUGCAAACAGUCAACGGGCCAAGAGGGGAUGUGGAUGACCCGCUGCUGGACAUGAAGACCCCAGUGUUGUUUGUGGUCGGACAGAAUGCUCUGCAGUGUAGCAUAGAAGGCAUGGAGGAGCUCAGAGAGAAGCUGAGGGCAGACAACAGCAUGGUGGUGGUGGGAGGAGCAGAUGACAACCUCAGAAUCAAUUCAGCAAAGAUGAAAUCAGAGGGACUGACGCAGACCAUGGUGGACCGCUGCAUUCAGGACGAAAUAGCUGACUUCUUGUCUGGCGUCCUUGCUCGGGCAGAGGGCCACGGCCAUGGUUCAGGGGAGAUGAGGGAUUUGGACACGGAGAAGAAGAAAAGGCCUCGACGGGAGCUUCCCUUUGACAUGGAGAGAGGACGACCUUCCUCACCUGCGCUUAGAGUUCCCAUCUCACCAUCAGGUUCAGAGGACCUGUCUAGUGUCUGUAGCAGUCCCACUUCAAGUCCCAAACCCAAGACAUCUGGUCUGUCUCCAGCACAGAAGUCCAGUCUGAUCACAGCAACACAGCUCCUCAAAACACACAUGCAGCGCUCUGGCACAGUACUCACACACAAGCAAGCACAAGCUCAGUUUGCUGCUUUUAUGAAACAAAACAUGCUUGUGAGGAAAAAUCUUCCUCCUGGCACCCCUCCUUGUAUUUUUGUGCCGGUAACCAGUGAUCAGAUGGAUGGCCUGGACAGAGAUGAACUGAGGUCCCAUGGCAAGAGGAGGCAGACGCCCAGUCCCACCCCAAGCAAAGCCUCCAAAAGAGCCAAGAUCAAGGUCACCAUUGUUUCCCAAAGCGAGUCAGCAGGGGGCGCCAUCAACCCUGCUCCACAGGAAGUGGGUGUCUCUGGGAAGCCCUUAACCGUGACAGUGGGGCAGACUGUUGCUGGAGCUAAGGAGCUCUCGGGACUUCUAACAGGCCAUCGGUCUGGUAGUCUCUCAGAGGUGUCUGGUGCCCUGUCCCCAGGCUCCAGCUCAUUCAACAGCGUGCAGCCUUGCAUGGUGUCAGGGUCCUCCGCACCAGUCCAGGCGCAAGCUCCGGCUACUGCCCAAGCACCUUCCGCCAGCAGUCUGCUACAAGGCCUAAGUUUCAGUCUUCAGGAGAUCGUCACCAAAACUCCUAGCUUGCCGUCCACAGCAGCCAACACAGGCGGCACCCAGGUGGUUUGUGGCAAGCCCCAGGGUCAGGUCCUGAGCUCCGUCAGUACCAGCAGCAGUACUCUGCUCCGGGCGGUGCCUGUGGUCACCACAGGAGUGGCUAAAACCACCGCCAUCCAUCAGCUGCUCACCAAUGGAGGGCUGGCCAAACUUGCCAGCAGCUUGCCCGGUUUGGCCCAUAUCACCAAUCAGACCGCUGUAGGGCAGAAAGCCCCCACUUCGAUAACGGUGACCCUUCGUGGAGCACAGCCGAGUAGAGUGGGAUCUCUCAGCCAAGCUGGGGAGGCUGUGAUGCCGGCUUGCAGCCACGAGCCUAAGCAGUGAAAAUCUCCUCUCACGGUUUCCAUGUGGUGAUACACCUGAUGUAAGCUUGUGCAGUGCCAGAGGCAUCUAUGAGCCAGCCACAGCCUGUUGACGAGACUGCACCCUCCGUGCAACGAUGAACACACCACCCCACAACAUGCAGAACAUCUACAUCACGUCCUCCAGGGAGCUCCCCUGUCGAGGUGGAGGGAAAGGCCAGGCAGUCGCUGUCAGAUGGGUAGCACCGACUCCACUAACACUUCAGUGCUGGUUUUCAUGCUAGAAAAUUCUGACAGGCAGAUAUAAAACAUGUCGCAUGGCAUCCUAUAAGGAGGAAAUUAUAUUAUGUGAGGAUAAACUGCAACCUACCUGGACUGUGACAACACAAUUGUACCGCCUACAAAAGGACAGACGUGCAACUCUUGAUGCUGACUAUACACCUUCAUCUCAGCUUUUUUUUCAAUCUUUAGCUUUUUAAGAGUGUACAUUAAGUUUAUUUUUGCAUUUUGUAUGUCACAACUUGAUAUCUCCAUAUCCGUGCUAAGUUUGAAUGUUAGUCAUGGCUUCAGUAUUUAUCACAGUAAUUAUAUUCACCUGAUUACAGUAUUUCAAUAUGUUAGACUAAACUAGAUUUCAGUCCUAAUAACAUGUCAGUAUUUGUCACAAUCAUGUGAUUGCAGAUGCUACAGAGGAUUGUCAAAGAGGCAUGGGAAUGUGCACCUGUUCACGGCUCUCUUUGAAUAACAUGCAAAAAGCUGCAAUACAUGAGCAGUAGUCAGUAUUUAUGAUAAACAGUAUUUAUCACAUUUGUUGCCUCUAUAACCUCAUGUCCCAUAGUCUAAGCUACUGUGUAAGGCAGUAUUUCCCAUCUGCACUGUAUCAUCACUUUAUUGUAUAUAGACUUCUUGUUGGAAACUGCUACAGUAAAAACAAAACUGAUUUGUCUGAAGUCA